AUGAUACGACCCUUGAGGUUUGUGACUCAUAUACGACAUGUGUGCAGAAUUCACCCAGCAUGUGCUUCGAAGUUUAAUCCGAUACGACAUCUGGGUAGUUCGGCACCUUUUGGUGAUGAUUUGGGUCCAGAGAGUGAAGAGGAGCUGCUGGAGAAUUACCCGAAUUUGGCUGGUUUCUUCGAGGGGAGUACAAAAGUGGAACAACAGGCUGGAAACGCAAUUGAUAUCGAUGAUGGAUACGACUUUUCUGAUAUCCCUAUACUCAAAAGUGGUGAUGAGGUUGCCAACUCCCAAGGCUUUGACAAUCUAUCUCUCUCUUUGAAUGGGCAACAUUUCUCCCCUCAACAAGCAACUGAAUUGUUGACAAUGAUCGAAGGUCAAAACGUGACGAAUACAGAUCAAAAUGUGCGCUCAACUAUUGCAGGUCAGAAAGAGAGAGUCGAUGCCAAAAUUGAUAUUCAAGGAUUUGACAAGUUUCUCGAAAUUUACGGAUUUCCAAAACUUUUGCAAGAGUCAAAAAACACAACACCUUUGGUGAAAAACAGCUGGAAAUACCUUGAGGACAACAAACCGACUGUAUUCGUUUUAAGAUCAUCUGAUCCUUAUCUGAACUUGGCUUCUGAAAUGUACAUAUAUGACAAAAUGCCGCCAACUUCGAAAAGACUGGUGUUAUACGCCAACUCGCCAUGCAUAGUGAUAGGCAAAAACCAAAACCCGUUCAAGGAGAUCAAUUUAAGAGUGGCAGGUGCCCUUGGGAUUCCUAUUCUUAGGAGGUUCUCAGGGGGUGGGACCGUGGUUCAUGACUUUGGAAAUGUCAACUUUAGCUAUAUGUCAAGCAAGAGCUCUUUUGAUCGUGUGGGUUAUACCAACACUUUGGUAGAGCAGAUGAAUGAGUUUGCAGGAUCUGAAAAUUUGGAGCAUAGAAACACCUCUUUCAAAUUUCCAAAGUUCUCCCUUACCACAACUGCCAAAGGAGAUGUGGUGAGUGAGAUAGACGAGAAAAAAGUUAGCGGAUCCGCCUUCAAGCUGUCUAAGGGAAAGUUUUUACAUCACGGGACCAUGCUUCUCAGCUCUGACCUCAACAUCUUGAGAAAUCUUCUGAAUGUGGGCGAGAUCAGGAAGUCUAAAGUGCAGAGCAAGGGAACCAACUCGAUUCCAAGCAGUGUUUCAAAUUUGGAUUGCUCUAGAGAGUUAUUCAUGUGGCUAUGCGCCCUGUCCUUCUCUAAACACUGUGACCUCGGCCCGACAGAUAAUUUUGACUGGCAAAACGUGAAUAUGGAAUGCCUCGAUGAUUGUUCGGCGAUCCUACCAGAAGUAGAUGAAUACCGGAAAACUUUGAAAGAUUGGAACCACACUUUUGGAAGUGGUCCGCGCUGGUCUCACGAGGUUGCAUUCAACGAUACUGCGAUAAAGUUUGGCAUCAACAACAAAGGCCACAUUGCUUCCGUUGAGACAUCAAAAGCCGCUGAUGAAUUAUCAGAUCUUCAGACUGCUAUAGAAAGAGGUGAGAUAAUCAGAUACCGAGGGGAGGAUGUUCAGAAGUACGUGAAAGAUUUAGCAUUUGGUGAAUGCCUAGCUUGGAACAUUGAUUACGCAUUAGAUUAUAAAAGAGUGGGCUGUGCGGAUUAG